CUCCAACUCUAGUGCUGCUAUAAUAGAGACUGAAGAGUUUUGAUCUCCUUCACCAGCAUCUAACUUUUCUCUUAGAUCUGUUUCUUCUGUUCGUUUUCUCCUUCUAGAUAGGGAAAUCGCUUAGGAGCACGACGCCAUGAAGAUGGCGAUUAGGGUUUUUCUGCUCUUCAUCGUCUUUGUAUUAUUCUGUUACCCCACCUUUUCUCUGUACGAAGACCAAGUUGGGCUCAUGGAUUGGCAUCAGCAGUACUUGGGCAAACUGAAGCACGCAGUUUUCCACACUCAGAAGGCGGCGAGGAAGCGCGUGAUCGUCUCCACUGAGGAAAACGUCUUAGCUUCGCUUGAUCUUCGCCAUGGAGAAAUUUUCUGGAGGCAUGUUUUGGGGCCGGAUGAUGUCAUCGAUCAGAUAGACAUUGCGCUUGGAAAAUAUGUUAUUAGUUUGUCUUCUGGAGGAAGUGUCCUAAGAGCUUGGAACCUUCCUGAUGGCCAGAUGGUGUGGGAAUCAUCACUUCCAGGCUCAAAGCCCUCAAAGCCGUUUUUGCUAAUUCCAACAAAUCUGAAGGUUGGGAAGGACAACGUACUCUUUGUUUAUGGUAAUGGUUUUAUUCAUGCCGUGGCAAGCAUUGAUGGCGAGAUAAUCUGGAAAAAGGAGUUAGCUUCUGAAGACACUGAUGUCCAACAGUUAAUUUAUCCAGAUGGAAGUGAUACGUUAUAUGCCGUAGGUUUGCAUGGUUUCUCACAGUUUAAUGUUUAUCAAGUUGAUGUCAAGAGUGGUGAGCUUCUGAAGCAUUACAACAUGUUGUUCCCCGCUGGAUUUUCUGGAGACUUUUCAUUUGUUACAGAUGACACAGUAGUGGCAUUUGAUUCUACUGGAACAACUAUAGUCACUGUACUUUUCCAAAAUGGGGAAAUUAUCCAUCACGAGACACAUGUUUCUCAACUCAUUCAGGAUUUUUCAGGAACACCUGUUAUAUUACCCUCGAAAAUUGCUGGAUUGUUUAUUUUAAAACAUGGUAGUUCUUUUACCUUUAUUAAGGUUAACACUGAUGGCAAGUUGAAGGUUGAGGGAAAAAUUAACCAUGCUAAUGCUGUCAGUGAUGCUCUUUCUCUUUCGGAUGGUCGACAAGCUUUUGCCUUGGUUCAGCAUGAAAAUGGUAAGAUUCUCCUGACUGUAAAGCUCGGUAAUGAUUGGGCAUCAAGUUUAGUUGAGGAAACAACUCAGAUGGAUAGUCGGAGGGGACUUGUGCAUAAGGUUUUUCUCAAUAGCUAUAUACGGACAGACCGGUCAAAUGGAUUCAGGGCUUUGAUUGUCAUGGAAGACCAUUCGUUGCUACUGUUGCAGCAAGGUGAGAUUGUAUGGACUAGGGAAGACGGACUAGCUUCCAUCAUAGAUGUUAAAGCUUCAGAGUUACCAGUUGAGAAAGAUGGUGUGUCCGUGGCAAAAGUGGAACACAACCUGUUUGAAUGGCUUAAGCUUUUACCUUGGGUCGCUACGGAAACAGCCUCCUUGUAUAAUUACAAGGGUAAGGGACAUUUGUUGAAGCUCAAAGGAACUCUGAUGAUAGCUACCACUGAUGAAGUGGCAGCCAUACAGAAAAUACGUUUGCAAAGCUCUGAGAAAAGCAAGAUGACUCGGGACCGAAAUGGCUUCAGAAAGCUUCUCAUAGUACUUACACGAGCGGGAAAACUCUAUGCGCUUCACACUGGUGAUGGAAGGAUUGUGUGGUCUCUUUUACUGAAUUCUCUUCGCAAGUCAGAAACAUGUGAAAACCCUAGAGGAAUUAGCUUGCAUCAAUGGCAGGUCCCUCACCAUCAUGCACUGGACGAGAAUCCAUCUAUUCUGGUUGUUGGAAGAUGUGAGUCAACUUCCAAUUCUCCUGGAGUUCUCUCUAUUGUCGACACAUACACAGGGGAGGAGCGCAACCAUAUGGGACCCACACAUUCAAUUGUUCACAUUAUUCCCUUGCCUUUCAGUGAUUCUAUUGAACAACGCUUGCAUUUGCUGUUGGAUUCAAAUGGACAAGUUCACUUAUACCCAAGAACUGCCGAGGCUCUUGGCAUUUUUCAGCGGGAGUCGGGGAAUAUAUAUUGGUACUCAGCUGAAACCGAUAAAAAUGUUCUACGGGGUCACGGAUUGCAAAAACAAUGUGUUCUUGAGGUGUCAGAUGAAUUCUGUUAUGAUUCAAGGGUUCUAUGGACGAUUGUGUUGCCGUCAGAAUCGGAAACGAUUAUUGCAACUGCUACCAGGAUUUCAAAUGAGGUUGUUCAUACUCAAGCUAAGGUGACAGCAGAUCAGGAAGUGAUGUACAAAUACACGUCGAAGAAUAUUCUAUUUUUGGCUACCGUUACACCUAAAGCUGUUGGUCCUAUUGGUUCAGUUACCCCAGACGAGUCAUCUGUAGUUGUUUAUGUGAUUGACACUGUAACAGGUCGUAUACUGCACCGAAUGACCCAUCAUGGUUCACAGGGUCCAGUACAUGCUGUCUUUAGCGAGAAUUGGGUUGUCUAUCACUACUUCAAUCUAAGGGCACACAGAUAUGAGAUGUCUGUCAUUGAACUCUUCGACCAAGCUCGUGCGGAGAAUAAAGAUAUCUUGAAGCUUGUUCUUGGGACGCAUAAUCUUACUUCUCCAGUAACAGCUUACUCUCGGCCAGACGUCUUCACAAAGUCACAGUCUUAUUUCUUACCACAUUCUGUAAAAACCAUAGCUGUAACAUCCACAGCCAAAGGCAUAACUUCAAAGCAGGUUCUUCUUGGCACAAUUGGUGAUCAGGUUUUGGCCCUUGAUAAACGCUUUUUGGAUCCCCGGAGAACACUUAAUCCGACUCAGGCCGAGAAAGAGGAAGGAAUUAUUCCUCUCACGGAUUCCUUACCAAUUAUUCCUCAGUCAUAUGUGACACAUGCUCUUAAGGUAGAAGGUCUGAGAGGGAUAGCCACAGUCCCGGCUAAGCUCGAGUCAACCACCCUCGUUUUUGCCUAUGGCGUGGAUUUGUUUUUCACCCAACUGGCACCUUCUAGAACAUACGACUCUCUUACUGAGGAUUUUAGCUAUGCCCUGCUACUGAUCACGAUUGUUGCCCUGCUAGUGGCCAUUUUUGUUACAUGGCGAGAAAUGCCCUCGAGAAUGGCUAGGCUCAACCUCCAUUUGGAUUCUAUCUUGGCGAAUUUUGUGGUGAUUUUCGAGACUCGUGACCCGUGA